AUGGCCAAAAUAGUCGGAGUGAUUUUCCUCUGUGGGCUCGUGCUCAUUAGUGCCUCACAGUUAAAAGAAUUAAAAGAAUUAAAAGAAUUAAAAGAAUUAAAAGAAGGCGAUGUCCUUCCGGAGUUCCAGAGAAUCAGCCAACUCAGAUCCUUGGUAUUUGAGUUUGCAGGACGCGUUCAGGAUGUAAAGCCCGAAGACUUAAACCUGCUCGAUUCCCGAGCGGCAAGUCAGGAGGAUCUGCUGUGUCUCAGUGAUUUGGCUGCGUUUAUGACUGGUCUGCUAAGUGGUCAAUACUGGGCUCUGAAAAUGCUCGAUGCCUGGGAUUCCAUACCUUCUGGCCUGCUCACUGGCAACAUGUACGAUCUGGGUCAGUUCGACGAGUGUCUCGCCAUCAAAAAGGACACCAACCUGGACAGAACCAUUCAGGGGAAGUACUGUUUUCUCUCAGUGGGAAGUUUCAAGACCGCCACCUGUUUUCCGGCCUCCUGUUCGGCGAGUCACAUGAACGCGUUUAUGGGCCAACUGGUGAAGCAGUUCCUGAAUACCACUUUCCCCAGCUCGGUCAUGAGUAUCAGUGAAAGCAGUUGCCAGACCAGCGAAAGUGAACCCUGGGAUGGACUCACCAUUUUUAUGAUAGUGAUGUUAUCGGUGAUGGGCUGCCUGGUAGCUUUGUUUACCUUGUGGGACUACUGUCUGGUCAAGAAUCAGGAUCAUCUCCCCAUAAUCGUAAAGGUAUUUUCCGCGAGGGCAAAUUCUAGAGCUCUAUUUCGCAUUGUAGCAGUCAAUUCGAAUCCGAAUGUUAUCGACUGUCUUAAUGGUAUUCGGUGCCUUUCCCUAAUGUGGGUGAUGUUCAGUCAUCAAUACAUCAUGACUUUAUUUUCUGCAGGCAUAAAUAUUAUCCGUUUCAUUUCGUGGGCAGAGACACCCUUUGCCAGUUUUAUUUUGCAUGGAUUUUACUCAGUGGAUUCGUUCUUUGUGAUUGGUGGAUUACUGGUGGCUAUGAUUCCCUUGCAAAUGAUGGACAAAACCAAGGGCAAACUGAACGUACCACUUAUGUACCUACAUCGAUUAAUUAGAAUUGUUCCACUUUUGGCCUUUGCUAUCGUUGUCCACAUGAAACUCAUGACCCUCAUAUCAGGCGGACCAAUUUUUGCUAGUGGAUUAAAAGGAAAGACGGACUGUGAAAAUGGUUGGUAUUGGACUUUGCUCUUCGUGAACAACUAUACAACCGACAUGUGUAUUGGACAAUCUUGGUAUCUGUCCUUGGAUAUGCAACUUUUCAUCCUGUCUCCGAUCCUUUUGUUCUCCCUUUAUAAAUGGGGAAAGAAAGCUGCUGCUGGCAUCUUUGUUCUCAUUCUUUUACUAUCUGUCUGUCUGUUUACCACCAUAAUGGUCAACGGCUACUCACUGAUUUUGAAGCAAUUCACUACUGAUGCUUACAAAGAUAUGUACUUUGCGACCCAUAACCAUGCAACUCCCUGGCUGAUUGGCUUCCUCUUCGGAUACUUCCUGCACUACAAUAAGGGAAGGAAGUUCCAGCUAAGUUGGAUGGCCGUGUGGGCGGGAUGGAUCCUCUGCCUGGCCAUGAUCUUCACCUCGAUCUUCGCCAUGUACCCGUAUGCCAAGUGGAGUGCCGUUCCUUUGUCGACCUUCGGGGAGGCCUCUUACUACACCCUCACCAGAUUGGGCUGGUCGAUGGCCAUUUGCUGGGUGGUCUUCGCCUGCAUGCAGGGAUACGGAGGACUGGCCAACAGCUUCCUCUCCUCCCCGCUUUGGCAGCCCCUCUCCAGGCUCUCCUACUCCAUUUUCCUCUUUCACAUGUUCAUUCAGGAGAUGAACGCCAGAAAUGGCAGGACGAGUGGUUACUUCUCGGACUACACAAUUAUGUGCAACUUCUGGUCAACCAUGGGAUUCACAUGCUUGAUGGCUUACGUAAUGCACAUCCUCAUUGAGGCACCUUUCGGUGGACUGGAUCUCUUCUUGCGACCGAAACCCAAGAGCCCUGCCUUUAUCAAACAAGAAUCCCAAGUAGACAACGGACCUAGUAAUCUAGAAGAAACUAAAAUAUCGACUCCAACUUCUGCUGCAUAG